ACCAAGAGGAAAGAGACAACAUCAAUCGCAGACAAAAGCAAGUAAUUUUUCUGACCAAAAUUAUACAGAACUUCAAACGUAAUGGCAAGUGAGCCAAACGAUACACAAAUGCAGGUGGAACGAUUGACAAACGAAAUAGAAGACAUGCCUAGAGACAUGGCUAUCUUUUCUCUUUGCUUGAAAUCACUUUUUGCAGAAGGAGCUGUAGGAACUAAUGCUGAAGCCGCUGUAAAAUUUAGAAAGCUACGAGAUGAUACCAGAAACGACGCCAUGGUAUACCUCAAAGUUGUUCUUCCAAUUUGUGUCGAGUUUGUGGCGUCCAUAAGCGAGUUUUUUGAAUACUAUGAAACGUUAGAUUAUGAGGAAUGGUGUGAUAAACUUGAAGACAUACUUGAAGAGACUACUGCCUGCAAACAGCUUUGUGAAACGAUUACAAAGAUGCAUGAAGACAUCCUUGUUCCUCUUAAGAAGAGACAAGAUCAAGCCAACUUGGUCGUCCAAGAGCUUAAAGACCUACAGUUGGAGUUCGAAAGAAAAAAGAAAGAAUUGGAAAAAAGUGCAGAUGAGAAAUCU